GGUAAUUCGGAGAGUAUUGUUUUCUGUUCUGUGAAAUUAGACGAGCGAGCGGAGGAGAAGAGUUUCCGUUAUCCUUUCUCUCUCUACUGAAAACCAGUUUUCCCCUUUCUUUCCUCUCUCUAGAAAAAUUCCCGGAUUGAAAUCUUAUCGCCCCUGAACCAGAAACGAAUUAGGGUUUUGCCGUAUAUCCUUUAUCGAAUCCUAACCAAUCUCUUCUUCAACGAUUUCCGUAUUCUCUCCUUAGCAGCAGCGAGCCAUGGUGUCCGAUUCAAUCACCUCCAACGCCUCCAUUCCUUCCGCCCCGAAGGAUUUCGGGAAGAAGAAGAGGGCCAAUAGGUCCGCCAGAUUGAAGCAGUGUAAGCUUGAUGCACGACGCGAGCAAUGGCUUUCUCAAGGUACGGGAAAGAGCAAGGGAAGCCAGGAGCAGAAGAUCUCUCCUCGUGCUUCUCCACCUCCUCUUUCCCCUUGCAAGAACAAAAAGAAGAAGAAGAACCUGCUGGAGAAGUUGGAGACCAGGGGAAGAGUGGUGGGUGAAGAGGAGAACGAGAAUGAGAAUGACACUAUAAACCAUCAUCAUAACCACCACCAUCACGACUUUGAUACUGAUUCACCUUCAAGUAGCCCCAUUAGCAACAGUAGUGUGCUCGGGGUUACUGAUUCAGGCACAAAUUUCACUGCUUCCUCCAGUUGCAGCGGAAGCAGUAGUGGGGGUUCUUGCUCUGGCAAUGUAACCGAAGAUGAGGAAGAGGAGGAAGGGGAUGAUGAAGAUGAUAAUUGCUUGGAUGAUUGGGAGGCUAUGGCGGAUGCUUUAGCAGCAAAUGAGGAUGCUAAAGAGGAGAAGAGCCCAAAUGACGAUCCCCAUUUGGAUUCAGUGUCACCUCAUGAGCACGAGCCUGCAAUCCAAUCACAUUGUUUAGGCUCCAAUGUCAACUUGCGACCAGCAUGCCCUCGAGCUACUCCUCCAAGAACGGUGUCAUGCAACACUCGGGCCUGGAGACCAGAUGAUGCAUUCCGGCCACAGACUCUACCUACAUUGGCGAAGCAGAGAAGCUUUCCUCAUACAAACAGACCCUAUGGUCAGGGUGGGCUCCCUUGGGCCAAAUCUCUUAACACGCCUUCCAGCUGUCCUAUAUGUUGUGAAGAUUUGGACCCCACAGACUCCAGUUUCUCGCCCUGUGCUUGCGGGUUUCGGCUUUGUUUGUUUUGUCACAAGAGGAUUCUUGAAGAGGAUGGUCGUUGUCCUAGCUGUAGGGAGCCUUACCAGCAGGAGCACAACAAAGUAGAGGCGGAGGCAUGUGUACAUGGGGGUAGCCUUACUCUAAGGUUGGCUCGCUCCUGUAGCAUGAGGUCCUAAGCCAGCAGAGAAAGUAGAUUGGUGAUCCCAAAUUUGUGUAUGUUGCAUCUAAGCUGUCUCCUUUCUUUUUGUCAUGCCUGUCACUUGCUUCUACUUAAUCUCUCCAAUUUCGUAGAAUCUAGAUAUGCGGACAUAAGUGGUUUAUGUUUCCCAUUUGGCACCCCAGGAAUUUGAGCUAGUUCUGCAAGGUCCGGUUCUUGUCGUAUAUGGUGCGUAUGAGUACUACUGUAGAGGAUUCAAGUAUGGUAAUGUGAAUAGAGAGAUGGUAUAGAAACAAUACAUAAAAAGAUGAUUUUGACAUGUCUAGCUCUGCAUCCGUUGUGUGCUCUGUGGAACGUAUAUUACGUUUGUUAUAUACUUAUCCUCGUGGUUAUGGCUUGUUCUUAAUAUUGCCUGCAGUGUGUUGUGCAAAUAAAAUGCUUUUAUAGUACACUUGGUUUGUCUUCCAAAUUGCCCUUUUCUGUUCCUUUUCACUUCAGUUGUUUCUGUCAUAUAUCUGGUGCAUAAUUUGUCCUUCUGUAAGCUUAUUUAGGCUAUUAUACGCUCCCCUUUCCUCUAAUGCUGCAGAAGGCAGCACAGCUUAGAGCAUUAUUUUGUUCUUAUUUGCCUUGCAUGUUUAUUUUGGGGGUCGAUACUUGAGUAAAAAUCUACGCCAAUAUUUUUUAGUUCUUUUCCUUCACUAUUUUUGCGUUCUCUAAUUGGUUUAUGGCAACUUUGAGCGAGCUCUGUGGUUAUGGAGCUUUCUCGAUGGUCAUUUGACAACUAAGGCCCGUUAUCCGUGGGAAUACUAAUAAGGUAGCUUCUGCUUUCAUUAUUUUGGUACUUUGGACACGUUUAUGGGGUUAUGUAUCUAAAAUGAAAGGAGCAUCAAUGAUUGUUUUGACUGUUAUGCAUUUAUUUUGCUGUCCGUGCUGGGAAUAACUCCCUCACUCCAUACACCCCUUUCCUUACAGAUCCAGUAUCAGGACUUUGUUCACUUUGUUCCUCAUCUCAUGUCAUCUGCAGCUUGGAUGGUAGUUUGUACUGAAGGAAGUCCUAUGUAGGUGGCAUGAAACCCGCAUAAAUAUCAACUAACCGUAGGCAAGUGUUCACUUAGUGUUGUACAUACCCAGUACCCACCUGUUGGGUAUUCAUUGUUGAGUUGCAAUCUAGACCAAAACGGGAAUGAAGGUUCAAUAAUUUGCAUCUCACGUC